UCUUCCUCCCUCCUCUUACAUGUUGCUCAGUGCUCUGAUACAGCAUGUGGCUUCACAUAUGUGGGAAUUUCUUGCAGUAGUGGCUCACAGCUGAAUUCGCAUGUUGAUGAGGAUGUUAGUGCAACGAGCAUCCAAACAGCAUUUUCUGGAUCGGCAAGCAGAAGACUGGUAGGAGACAAAAAAAGCCAUUCGGUGUGUGCAGCAUUGAGGAUCAAACAGACUUUACUUGCUUUCCUUGCAGAUCGACAUGCUCAAACUUUGCAGAAACAGUGGGAAAAAGACUUUUUACUACUUUCUUCAAUUUGAGCUUCCAAGUUCACCUUCAGUGGGAAAACGAGCUUUGACGAGACUUUCAGUUAAUCAUCGCUGCUGAGAACGAGGAGCUCUUUUCAGUAAUUCAUCCUUCUGAGAAAAAGGUCUGAACGAGGCACCUCGGCUGCUUUGUCACAUGGACAUUGACACUGAACAGCUGUUGCAUUUCACAUCUUGUCUCAGAAAGAAGCUGAACCAUUGAGGAGCUACAGUAUAAUACACCACAAUGCUGACAAACUUGUUUUCAUCAAAGUGCCUCGUACUUAGCAACUGAAGAGGAUGAGAGACAGUGUGAUGACCUACCUGUAUGUGUGCUUUUCACCUCGUUGGAGAGCAGAGCACAGAGGAAAAAGUCAGAGAGAGGGAACAGGGGAGGGGAAGAGAGAGCCAGCAAGGGAAGGUGUGAAUCAAACACUGUGAGUGGACAAGAGAGAGCUGGAGAAGACUCACGGAGCUCAUAGAAGAAACUGAGCUAAUUCUGGUGGACUGAAAAGGAGUGAACGAAGAAACAGCAUAUCAAAGACUUGGCCAAACGCCUAUUUCACAUUGGAGCGUCGUGUUUUGUCAGAGCCACGCAGGGGUAACUGCUGAUUCUGCAUGGGGCCACAAACAAGCAUUUCUUACCUUUAACACAGACAGAUACCACAGCACCAUGGAUCACCAAAACAGCACUUUUGGCAACACUUCAAAUGUCCAGGAUGCUCCUCACAGCCUCUGGGAGGUUAUAACCAUCGCUACAGUGUCAGCCAUUGUCAGCCUAAUAACUAUAGUUGGUAAUGUCCUGGUGAUGCUCUCCUUUAAAGUAAACAGCCAACUUAAGACUGUAAACAACUACUAUCUGCUGAGUUUGGCAUUUGCUGACCUCAUCAUAGGAGUGCUGUCCAUGAACUUAUACACCACAUAUAUACUGAUGGGUUACUGGUCCUUGGGGAACCUUGCAUGUGAUCUCUGGCUAGCAGUGGACUAUGUGGCCAGCAAUGCGUCAGUUAUGAACUUACUUGUUAUCAGCUUUGACAGAUACUUCUCCAUUACAAGGCCGUUGACUUACAGGGCAAAGAGGACUCCAAAGAGAGCUGCCAUCAUGAUUGGCCUGGCAUGGCUGGUGUCGUUUGUCCUCUGGGCACCGCCUAUUCUGUGCUGGCAGUACUUUGUAGGAGAGAGAACAGUGCCUGUGGACAAGUGCGAAAUCCAGUUUUUGACAAACCCUGUGAUCACAUUUGGGACAGCUAUUGCUGCUUUCUAUAUCCCAGUCUCUGUUAUGACCAUCCUUUACUGCAGGAUCUACAAGGAAACGCAAAAACGGACAAAAGACCUAGCAGAGCUGCAAGGGCUCACAAAAGAAAAUGUUCCAGAGGGAACUAAACCACAGAAAACAAUAAUUCAUUCUUGUUUUCAUUUCACCAGAGAGAGAAGAGACCAGAGUCAGGCUUCCUGGUCCUCAUCUAAUCAAAGCAAUGCCACUAAAACUACCACUAGAUCAGAUGAGGCAUGGGCAAAAGCAGACCAGAUCACUUCUUUUAACAGCUACACAUCAUCAGAGGAAGAGGAGCAUCGUGUAUCAGUAGAAACCCCACAAGGAUCUUUCAAAGAGCAAGGCAGUGGACAGAGUAACAAGAAUGGGCAGGCGACUGAUUAUACAGAAGAUCCAUACUUUUCCACUCCUCAAAAGAAGAACAAUAAAAAGUGCAUCUCUUAUAAGUUUAAGCCCGGCUCAAAAGGUAAAAACGGUAAUCCCACAAGUGCUACACCUUGCCCACCUGAAGCAGAGCAGCCUGCCAAAAACGCCUCUCCCUCCACCUCUUCCACCACCUCCAAACCCAUGGACCCCACCCUGAAGAACCAAAUCACCAAGAGAAAGAGGAUGGUGCUGGUGAAGGAGAAGAAGGCAGCACAGACUCUCAGUGCCAUCCUCCUGGCCUUCAUCCUCACAUGGACACCAUACAACAUCAUGGUGCUCAUCUCAACUUUCUGUGCUGACUGCAUCCCCAUGUCUCUCUGGCACCUGGGCUACUGGCUGUGCUACGUCAACAGCACCAUUAAUCCCAUGUGCUACGCUCUCUGCAACAAGACCUUCCAGAAGACCUUCCGCAUGCUUCUGCUGUGCCAGUGGAGAAGGAGGAGGAGAGGCGACGACAAGUUGUACUGGGGUGGACAAAACCCAAAUGUCAACAAUAAAAUGACUUGAUGAGGCACUGCAAUAUUAUAUAGCAGAUGAAUUGCCCACAUUCUGGAUUUUCUUGAUGUAUACUGCCAUCAGUGAUGCAUGUGAUUUUUGUGUUGAAAUACAUUUUGAUGGAAAUGAGGCUGAUGCAGCACUUUAACAGCUGUUCCAUAUUAUUCCAGUGGGGCAACCUCAUGAAGGUGGCUGCACAUGCUUGCAAUUAAAUGAUUAAAAUGGGUUCAGACUGUUUAAAGGUCUAUUCUAAAGGGGGUACCGCUGAUUUUACAUAUUGAAGUCUGUUCACAGGAAAAAGCUACAGGGCUGCUGAGGGAACUGAGUCUAAUAGAGUGAUUCCACUUGAGUAAAUGUUGGUUCAGGGAAAAAUGUCAAUGUAAAGUUCAGAAAGAAGUGAGCUUACCAAAUCCCUGCCUCAUCUCUGCUUAAGGCUAAUAUCUCAAGGCUUUUAGCUUGUACUUGAAGGACAUGCCCAAAUCUCUGCCCAAACUGCAGAUACAUUGUGUUGCUGGUAAUGUAGCCAUCAGUCUUUGACAAGGCAGACAAAUUUGUAAAAAAAAAACAAAAAAAAAAAACUCUGGUUCUGUUGCAUCAGUUAUGUUUUUAAUAGUUCAUCAUAAGAGUGCAAUGGUAAAUUGGUGGAGAACACCUUUAAAACAAUACUUACAGGCCCAAAUGUGCAUUGAAAGAAAUAUUGUUGUAAUUGUUCUUCCUCUCCAUAAUGGCCAUGCAACAAUCUAUUUCAACCUCGACUCAGAUGUGAAAGAUGGAAGACAAAAUGUACAGUCGUCCUUCUGUGCAAAACUUCAUAGUCAAUAUAAGCCAGAGUCUUUUGUUUAAAUGCUUACACAGGCAAAAAGAGGCAAACCCUGACAACCACAGUCUAACAAUGCAUAAAGUACGAAUGUACUGUAUCUAAAGACUCAACACACAAAAUAGAAGAUGUAAUAACAGAAACAUAGGGGGCGACUUGCCCAGUAAAAUGUCCAGAUUCUUUGUCCUACAUUGUCUGUCUGCAUUGCUUUCUCAGUAAUUAUGUCUGUUUUUAUGUGUGUCCAUAAUUCACUUUGACAAGUAGGAUUUUGUCGGAAGAAAUAGGCUGCUUGCUUCAUGCUGAUUAUACCAUUUUAGUGCCAAUUAAAGAAAGUUUUGACAUUAAAUAUUCAUUUAUUAACAAAAGUCACAUUCUACAUUUUUACUCUGUCAUUUCACUGCACUGUUUAGUCUUGUCUUGUGCACUGUUCAGAAUUUGUACUUGUUCCUGUCAAGGCGCCUUAUCUUGGCUGUCUUGUUUUUGCACUGCAUAAAUGUUAAUUGCAGCAAUCCUGGCCUCAGAGAAACCAGACUUUAUACUUGUUUCACUCUUGUAUUUGAAUGGGCUGACAGAAAAGUUCUUGAUUCUUUAUGGUUUAUGGUACAAAACUAAAGUAGAUUUUUGUUACUUUUUUGGUCAGUGUCAGGGUGAAAAUGAAAAACUAAUAAAAUUAAGAUAAAAUAAAAUAAAAACAGAAUGAAUAAUUUAAUUUAACCCAUUGUAUUCUUUGAGCUAUUUAACCAUAUUAUAACAGUCUCUUUUCUCCAUUUCCACCUCCUCCAGGUUACUUUUUUGCUAUACAGUCUCAAGCUAUCAAUAUGACUAGAAGGAAAUCUGUACAUUUAACAUUUAUGCCUACUAGUCAAAUUCCAAUCCUCUGUUCAACGUUCAAAAGUAGUUUGCAUACAUUUCAAACAGUUUAUAUUUAUAACAUAGUGAUGUAAGUGUAACCAGCUAUGCGUUUAUUAAUGUACAGUAUCUGUCUUCAGCAAGCCUAGUCUCCUAUGGAGAGAUAUUAUUAAAAUAGUAUUUUACAAUACAGUACACAGCAGGAGUACACUCCAUCAAUUAAAUGUCAAAUGAUUUGAAACUGCAUCAGCUUACAUUAAUUACAUUACCUCUCAACUUAAGUUGAACAGUAGAAUAACUGCUGUUGCGUAAAAUGAGAAACUAACAGUUUAAGAUUUACCAUAAUAAAAAUACAGGUCCACAGUAAGAACUUAAUGCAACAAAAAUCAGUCAUUACUGGGAUUCAAAUAUAUUUUUUAAUACUUCGUAAAUCUACCUUUAUUUUGGAUGACAGACACAAUUCUCCUCUGCGAGUGAUAACAAGUCCACAAAGUUCUAGAGAGAUGUUCUGUCUAUAGAGACUAUUACAGUGGGGAUGUGUUGCUCAGCCUGUCUCUUUAAAAUACCCCAAAGAUGUUCUAGUGGAUUCAAGGUAGGCAACAAACUUGUCCAUGUCAUAGUUUUCACUUUUGACAGUAUGCUUUUUAAAAUCAUUAUAAUGCUUGAAUAUUCCUCUUCUGUAAAUGUCUGCAAAUUGAGACUCAUCUUGUCAGCCAGUAUUUUGGUAUAUUAAUAGCCUUUUACAGUGUAUUCUAUAAAUGUACUCUCCCAAAAAAUGUUUGUGUUCAUGCAGCCCCAUAUCAUCACACUCCCACCUCUGUGCUUCACUGUCAGGACUAUGCAUUCAUCGGGUAGUCCUAAACAAGAUCACACCAAUCUAGAUCCCAUCUGGGCCAAACAAAUUUAUCUUGGUCUAAUCUUUGAAAAAACAAAAAAAAAAACCGCACUCCAACAUUUAUCAUGCUUCUCUUUGUGUUUUUAAGUUUUGUCUUCCAGUUUUGAACUGAACAGCAAGACAAGGCAUUUUUCAUGGAUGCUGUCUAAAGGGGUUGAUAUUGUGUCAUGUUGUUUACACUGUCACUGGCAGGACCGACUUUCCUUGAUAAUCCCUGCGGCAAGUGAGAAGCACCUGCAAGUCUGUUUUUUACAGCUAGAUUGUGCAGGGAGCGCAUUGCCUAUGGCAUCAACUUAGGAGGAUGGGCACUGCAACCUUGAUUCUAUACUUCUUGAUUACGGCUGCAACUGAGCUUCCAAAAAAAUUUUUUUGUUCCUCACUGAUCUUCCUGUAUCAUUCCAUUAAUUGGUGUUCAAAUCCAGACUUAAAGACUAGUUGUUAGCUAGCACAUCAAUAACCCAUUUUCAGCUUGCAAUGUUUAUAUACUGAUUAUAUACUGAUCAGGCAUAACAUUAUGACUACCUACCUAAUAUUAUGCUGGUCCCCUUUAUGCUGCUAAAACUCCUCUGACCCAGUGGUUCAUGGACACAGGACCUCUGGGGAUGUCCUGUGGCACUGGGAUGGUGGCAGUGAAUUCUGUGGGUCCUGUGGGUUGCAGGAUGGGACCUACCUACACUAUUGUUCAAAAGUUCGGGGUCACUUAGAAAUGUCCUUAUUUUGAAAGAAAAUCAGCUUUUUUCAAUGAAGAUAAUAUUAAAUGAAUCAGAAAUACAAUCUAGACAUUGUUAACCUGGUAAAUGACUAUUCUAGCUUGAAACGGCUGAUUUUUAAUGGAAUAUCUACAUAGGAGUAUAGCGGCCCAUGUCCAGCAAUCAUCACUCCUGUGUUCUAAUCGUACAUUGCAUUAGCUAAUCGUGUUGAAAGGCUAAAUGAUGAUUAGAAAACCCUUGUGCAAUUAUGUGAGCACAUGAAUAAAAAUGUGAGUUUUCAUGGGAAACAUGAAAUUGCCUGGGGGACUUUUGAACGUUAGUGUAGAUCAGGCUAAUCCUGGCACAUCCCACAGAUGCUCAAUAAGAUAAUGGAUCUGGGGAGUGUGGAACCCAGGUGAACAUCUUAGCUCUGUCAUAUUCUGCAGGCCACUCCUGAGGGGAGGGGUUGGAGGUUGCUUGAUCUGCAAUGUUUAGGUGGUACGUGUCAAACAUCCACAUAAAUGUCAGGACUCAAGGUUUGCCAGCAGAAUGUUGCAUUAUUGCAAGAUGAUUAAUGUUAUUCACUUCACCUGUCAGUGGUCAUAAUGUUGUGAUCGUUGUAUUUUAGUAGGGGCUUCUGAAGUCAAGCGUUUGCAUACGCUAAUCUCGCCGCAGUCAUUACAGUGCAUUUUUAAUAUAGCCUGUUUUUUGUUUUUUUUAGGUUUAAAUGGCAUUAGAUAAGCUCUGGUAAAGAUGAAUUAUCUUUCACACAUCAGCACCUGUGUUUUAAAUUUCCACUCCCUGAGAUGUGGUGGAAAAGAAUGCAUUUUACGCUAAAAAGACUGUAACAUAUUCACUUUAUCUGGCUGAAGUUUAAAACUCAGGAAUGUAUAUUUUGUCAUUCUUGUCUUCAUCAGAGCAAGGGUUUUCAUAGAGUGAGUAUUGUGUUGCCACGGAAACAGUAAGUUCCAUGACGAGCACACUUUAAGCCUCACUUCUAAAGCUUGUUGGCAUGAAUGUGCGGCAACUAUCACUAGUUUACUUACCAGGCAUGUUAUGGCAUCAUAGGGAGCAAGUUUUUCUAUUUCCAAGCAGACUUACAGUCGUUAAUUUACAAUAGACAUCACAGACAAUACAAAUCUUGGAUGUAAAAGUCUCAGUGAAUCCAAAUUAAAAGGGACAAAUUUCAAUAACUUGCUCAUCUUAUAGCAUCAACCUGUCUUCGCCUGAUCAGAGGAGUAAUAACAACCAACUUUUAACCAAUAUACUGUAUGAGCAUGUCAGUAAAAACUCUGCAUAACCUGCGUAUAAUCCUCCUUUAUUCUAUUGUUUACUUGUAUAUACAUACAUAAUAUAGGCUUACAUGAUUGAAACACAAUGUAUAGUAUGAAGAAUAUAUUUCACUCAUGUUGGAUUUUACACCUCACAUUUGGUAAAUGUAACUUGCUUAGUGUAAAUCACUGUUUAGUGAAUGUUUUAUCUCCUGUUUUCUAUCUUGGCUCGUGCAGUUGAUAUUUGAUCUUGUGUUUAAGGGCUAAUCUGUACGUUUAUGCGUAUUUACAGCUACAUUAGUUGAACAGUGGUAAUAUUACAUGUGAGAUUAUUUAUGGUUCACACCUCUUCUCCCAUUAAUAUUCAAAUUACUGUAAAAAAAAAAAAAAAAAAAAAAGACUUUGUACAUGUGUAUUUGAAGCCUGACUACCCUCAUGUCUCUUUGAUGGAUGAGUGACGCUCUUGUAAAUUAUUGCUUUUAUGUGUUUUAUGGUGUAAUGUCAAAUGUAUCUCCCUAAACUCUGUGCCUUUUGUUCUGCUCAUUGUGGCAAAAGUGCUUUAUGAAUGAAUCUGUAUUCAUCAUCCGUCUGUGCAGUUUUGUUAAGGUGAGUGUGUGUGCCAAUAUGGACAGAGAAAUUCACAUUCAGAGACAGAAUUCUAAUCACCAUCAGCUUGUUGAAUCUGAUUCGAUUUGUUUUGAAAAUUCUUUUUAUUUGAGAAGUGAGGAAAGUCAUUACUGAACUCAACUAGCUGACUUCUCAAAUAUGCCAUGAAUAGCAUGUGCUAAUAGCAUGACUGUUGCUAAGCGCAGAGAGACUUCAAAGAGGUCACUGGAGGUUUCACUGGCCCCGAGACUACAUGGCAGCAUGUGCUGUUGUCCAAUAAAAUAGUCUCUUUGCUCUGAUGGAACAAAUGAAAACAACAAAAGCUUGAUAUACAGUAGCUCCACAGACCUCAGACAUUCUUCCAAAGAUAUUAAAAACUGCAGAAAAACAGAUCACCUUGAUACAGAGCAUGGGCACAAUCAUUUGUUUUAAGCUCAUAUAUCCCAAAUAGUGAAUGGUGGUGAUGUGCCUGUGACAAAAGGAAAAAACACAAUUUUCAUGCACUAAAACAUGUCUUCUUUUGAAGUGGAAGCUAAGUCCCAAAUCACGGGCCAGAGUCUAAGGCUUGAUCGUCUUCAAAUGUCCAAAAAGCUUCUUUAAAGAUCUUUAAAAAAAAUAAUAAAAAAUCACCAGAAAUCAGCACUUGGAGGCAGCAGGAUUUAUUGCCGACAGAAAAUCCAGUAGUUCUUAGAAGUGAUUUGCACCCCUAAGAAAAACCGGAGAUACUGAGUUGUGCAUCAUCUUUUAUGCUGACAGAGUUGGUCAUUUUUUCCACGCCUCUCAGGGCAUAUGAUUGGAGAAGCAGUUUUGACAGCAUUAUACUAUUCUACAUUUAGUCGUCAGAUAUUGACAUCAGG